AUGAACGUGCAGGAAGAAGAGCAGACUGCCGCCGCAAGUACCUUCGCUUCUUGCACAACUGCUUCGACCGCAGCAGCACAGGCGCAACAGAUCAUGUCGUUCUUUCAACCCGAGCAAACUUCUUCUACGCAAGCGGCUCCUGCUACGGCUCCUUCUCCUGCUGCUGUUUAUCUAACAGCAGCAGCUGACACGGCAACAGGCGCCAACAUGACAGCCACUGCCUCCCCUCACCAGUAGCCAGUUGCUGACUCGCUCUCAGCAGCACGUGCGAAUACCACAGACGAGUAAACACGCACCACCAAAGCCUCUCAGCUGGUGAUGGUGGACACCCCCUCAUCAUCACACCCUCAAACACACCCUGUGGGCGU